AUGGACAACAAGCUGAUCAAGAAGGAAGAGAAGGUCAUCGCAAAGGAGGCCAAGGCCGACGACAAGCAGCUCAAAUCUGCUCAGAAGUCCUUCAACAAAGACAAGAAGAAGGAUGCUAAGUUGCUCAAGCAACAUGCAAAGGCCGAGAAGGAACACCAGAAGGCUAUCCAGAAGGAGCACAAGCUGCAGGCCAAGCUCGAAAAGGCUCAAGCCAAGUACAACGAGUCUGUCCGAGCGCUCGAGGAGAAGAAGAUGAAGGUCGACAAUGCCGCCAAGGCGAUCAACGAGCACAAGGGCAAGCUUCAGGGCAAGGAACAACAGCUCGCAAACGCGCAGCACAAGAAGGUUGCCGGCGAGCACGAGCGACACCGACACGCCGAGGUGCUGCACGCCCAGUCGGCCAACACUAGUGUCGCCAACAACGCCACCAGCACCGCUCCUACCACCACGACUCACUUCGCCCAGGAGCAGCCCAUCGGAGCUAACUACCAAGCUCCUGCUGUCGGCGCCCACUAA